UUCCAGAAGCAGGACAAAUCUCCUCACAAGCACUGCAACUACAAAGACACGCUACUUCAAGCCAACUCUGCGAAGAGCACCUUGAGAGUUCAUCCAAACGCCAUUCAAUGUCUUUACCAUCUGGCCCCAAAGGCACGGGGUGCUUCCCCUGCACCGCUGUUCACUUUCCACAUGUAUCACACUCUGACAGAUCAUCUACCCAUAAAAAGACACUAGUGUCAUAUGGAGGAGACCACGAACAAGGUCGUUAUCACAGGCCAAACUCCAUAUCACCUCAACCGAGCUACGAGUACAUCUAGACACUUACCAUUCCCGCAACCCUGAAACCAACCGGAGAGCACUAACGAUCUUUGAUCUGACACCCUCG